UUGCGCGCGCUCUGCAGCUGAAAAUGCUUUCGGGUGCGCGCGCUCUCCUCUUCGCAUGCGCAGGCUGGCGGCGCACGUCUCCAUCCAGCAGUGCGCAGUAAUUGAAAUGGCGCAUUUGGCCGCGGGCGGGUAAUGCGUGAUGGGACGCGUCAUUCGGGAGGGGGCGGGACCUGCGGGAUCUCACCUUCGUGCGCGCGCUGCCUCGGUGGGGUCGGGACUGUGACCUGGCCCCGGGGGGUCUGCGGGGCCCCGGGUGCUCUUCUGUCGGCCCUCCUCUCUGCUCCUCCUCAGUUUCUCCGGGACCGCAGCCCUGCCGCCGGGACGGAGCUCUCUCUCACGCCGCCCUCCAUGUCCUCCGUGUCGGUCUCCUCUCAGGAGGGACGGAGCUUGUCCAGGAUGUCUCUGAGCCACUCACCUGUGUCGCCCAUGACAACCCAAGGUAUCCCGUCGCCCGCCCAGCUCACCAAGGCCAACGCCCCUGUCCACAUCGACGUGGGCGGGCACAUGUACACCAGCAGCCUGGCGACGCUCACCAAGUUCCCGGAGUCCAGGAUCAGCCGGCUGUUCAGCGGUGCAGAGCCCAUCGUGUUGGACAGUCUGAAGCAGCACUACUUCAUCGACCGGGACGGCGACAUCUUCCGCUACAUCCUUAGUUUCCUGCGCACCUGCAAGCUGCUGCUUCCUGAAGACUUCCAGGACUUGCCCCAGCUGUACGAGGAGGCUCGGUACUACCAGCUGACUCCGAUGGUGCGCGAGCUGGAGCGCUGGCAGGCGGAGCGCGAGGCCCAGCGGACGGCGCCCUGCGAGUGUCUGGUGGUCCGCGUCACACCUGACCUGGGCGAGAGGAUCGCGCUGAGCGGCGAGAAGGUCCUCAUCGAGGAAAUCUUCCCCGAGACCGGAGACGUGAUGUGCAACUCUGUGAACGCCGGCUGGAACCAGGACCCAACCCAUGUCAUCCGUUUCCCUCUGAACGGGUACCUGAGGCUCAACUCUGUGCAGGUCCUCGAGCGCCUCUUCCUGAAGGGCUUCGAAAUCAAGGCGUCCUGCGGCGGCGGCGUCGACUCGUCCCAGUUCAGCGAGUACGUGCUGUGUCGCGACCUGCAGCACAGCCAGUCCGUCAGCAGCACGCCAAUCCGGAUUAAGCAAGAGCCUCUGGACUAAAGAGCAGCGGUGACCGUGUCACCUGAGCACACCUGGAGCGGAGGCCUCAGGAGGCGGAGCUUGGCUGCCGUGUACAUAAUGGUUUUUCUAAGUGUCAUUACAUUUUUAUAAAGUGCUGUUUGUAUAUUUAAUGUGUUUGUAGCUCAGCUGUUGUUCUCAUAAAAAGAAACCACACAAAG